AUGAAGUGGAAUUAUGAAGUCGAAAUCGAUGAAGUCAAUAGAAUCAAAUUAGUCAAAUGGUGGGAUAAAUCCAACCAUAAAAAAACCAUCAGUCAGGUCCUCAAAGAAUUUCCCAUUACUCCAUCUCCAGUAAUUAUGACACAGCCAGCACAACCAUCUUUGCCAGCCAUUCCAGAACAGUCAUUAUCGGACAUUAGUCCAUCAUCAUCACUCAAAGGAACAUCAAAGUCAUCCAACUCAACAAGCUCAAAAAGCAAAGAAAAAGCCACCCAACUUAAAGACUUAGCUCAACAAUUACUUGCAGAAGGAGCGAUGCUCCAUUCUGAAGAAGAAGAAGAAGAAGAAGAAGAAGAAGAAGAAGCCGUAGACUUUGAAUCUUCAGAUGCAUCCUCACAGCAACCAGUCAACUUAGCAAGCCAAAAAACAUAG